AAUCAAUACUUGAUUGUAAUAAACACAAUACAACAAAAUGUUCAGCAAAAUUGUAGCUUUCGGCGCUCUAUUGGCUGCUGCCAACGCUGGUCUCUAUGGUCACGGUCACGCCGUGUCUUCCCAGAGUAUCGUGCGUCACGAUGAAGCCCAUGCGGUGCCCCUCUACUACGCCGCUCCUGCAGCGUACUACUCCGCUCCCGUAGCACACUACGCCGCUCCCGUAGCGGACUACGACGGCCACGAUACUUACGCUCAUCCCAAAUAUGACUUUGCGUACUCCGUGGCUGACCCUCACACCGGUGACCACAAGUCCCAGCACGAGAGCCGCGACGGAGACGCCGUGCACGGAUACUACUCUCUGGUGCAGCCUGAUGGCUCCGUGCGCAAGGUCGAGUACACCGCUGACGACCACCAUGGUUUCAACGCUGUGGUGCACAACUCUGCCCCCUCGGUUCACCCAGCUCCCGUCUACGGUCACGCCUACUACGCUUACUGAAAAAUCAUGAAAUUGAACAUCCGUAAAUAUUUAUGAGUAUGUGUGUAUAUUGUUAUAUAUUGUGUUCAAUGUAAAUAAAUCAAU